UUAACUUUGACAUAUGUAUUGAUUAUUCUUUUUAAUUAUGUAAAUAAAUAAACAAAAACCAAAAAUGGUAGAUAUAAGAAAAGUAGGCGAUCACGAAAAUGUGAAUGGUGUCAAUUUAUCUCUUGAAAUUGAAACUCGUAGAAAUACCCCAAACUCAAAGAUUUUCACAAUCUCAUUUAAAAAUAAGGAGCGAAAGGCGGCUCAUUGGCACAAACUGUCUUUGAUUUUAGCUAUAAUUUUUAAUAUUUUAGCUUUAAUAUAUGUUCGAAUAAGUGUUAACACUUUAUUAGUUAUAAUAAUAGUUUUAUCAUUUUUGCUUUUCUUUUGGAUAACGUACAGUGUUCAAUCAGAAUCAAUCAUUGUGAUUCCAACAGUAGGAAUACAAAGUACCACUAAAUAUGUUUUUGGUCAAACAGAUGUGUUUGUCCCAUGGUCUAACAUUGAUGACAUUGUUAUCAAUGAAGUUAUCAAAUUGAAUCGUGUUCUAUACUAUCUUACACUUCUAGUCAAAAGUGGUACAAACCAGUCUAAUCAACAUUCUGAUGGAAUAAAGUUAAUGCCAUUAUUUAAGUAUACAAAGCCACGAUUAGUAAUGCUAGAAAUAAUCUAUUCUGAGUUCCAAACACUGCUGAUGGGAUCACAGCGGGAUGGUGUACAAAGUGGCUCUGGUGAUGUUGAAUAA